CAACUGGUGGGUGACGCCUGGUUAUUACGUCGCUCGGAAGCUCCUGAGAUGGCGGCGGCUUGUGAGGUGCAGGAUGCCCCUUGCAGCAGUGCAGAGGGUGAGACCUCAGCUGCACAGAAACGGGAAGAAAGACUGAAGAAAUUCCGUGAUCUCCAUCUUAAGAGGAAUGAAUCUCGGAAAUUGAACCACCAAGCAGUGACAGAAGAGGACAGGCUGUUGAAACUUCCAGCCAACUGGGAGGCCAAAAAAGCACGACUGGAAUGGGAGCUAAAGGUGGAAGAGAAAAAAAAGGAGUGUCGGGAAAAGGGUGAAGAUUAUGAACGAAUUAAGCUUUUAGAAAUUAGUGCUGAUGAUGCAGAGCGGUGGGAGCGAAAGAAAAAGAAGAAAAAUGCAGAUCCUGGGUUUUCAGACUUUGCAGCUGCUCAGUUCCGGCAGUAUCAAAGACUGGUGAAGCAGAUUAAACCAGAUAUGGAGCAAUAUGAGAAGCAAAGGGAUGAUGCCGGAGAAGAGUUCUAUGCCACUGCAAAUAGUCUAAUGCACGGCACACAUGUUCCUACCAAGGAGGGAGUGGACAGACUGGUGGCCGAUGUCGAUAAGCAAAUCGAGAAGCGUGCCAAGUACAGCAGACGACGCCGUUACAAUGACGAUGCUGAUAUUGAUUAUAUUAAUGAGAGAAACGCCAACUUCAAUAAGAAGGCAGAACGCUUCUAUGGAAAGUAUACUGCAGAGAUCAAGCAGAAUUUGGAGCGAGGAACAGCUGUUUAAUAUGACACCUUCGUAUGGACAACUUAUGCAGAGACUAAAUUUUAUACCUUUGUACUCCGUAAAUCUGGUUUGCAGCGAGUGCUGGAGGAACUUUCAUGCAAAAAGGGAUCCAUCUCUGACUGAAGCCAUGUCACAUCAGUUGGAUGCAACUUGCUUUUCAAUUACUAAUAUGAUUUAUAUGUUGUUAGGUGAAUUAAUAUGGCUCCAUGCAGUCUUUUCCUGUAUUUUUGAGGAACAAAUAUUAGCCAUUAGUAGUAUCAUCUCAGUUCCUUAGGUGCACAUUUGUUUCUCUUAAGAUUUAAGAUUUACUGAGUAGAGCUGACAUUUUUAUCACUAAGGAGCAUUUUUAAAUUCAAACAUGUGCCGACAUAUACAAGGUAGUUUUUGCUAGUUUAUUUUGCAGGUUAGUAAUCUGAUGCAUGGUUUCUGUGAAGAUUUUGAUCAGUUAGUAAACUGAUUACUUGGAUACAACACCCUGCCAAAAGCAGAUUUUUUUUCUAACUGUAAAUACCUUGUGCAGAUUGUAUAGAUAAAAUGAGCUUCAUUUAAAAUGUUCCCUGUUUAUGUGCUAUUUACAUAUCUUGACAUUAAAAAGUGUUCAGAUUAA